UGAGAGUCCGUAAUGGCGGCGGCGCUGAGGAGGCUACGCGGAACGGAAGUGGAACGAGUUCGGCCUGAGCCGGAGCCUCCGCCGCCACCGUGGGGCACGGCACCUUUUGGGUGUGCCCAGCACCGCGGCAGCGGGCAGAGACCUGUUCACGGCGGCUCCCAGGAACAGCCUCCUUAUCCCGCGUAUGCCCCCAACUACUGGAAUUCAUCUCCAAGAGCUUCCUAUUCAAAUCCAUAUCCUGUUGGAUCAGAGCUUCAAGGCCAGGGAAUUGACUCUUCCUACACAAAUGGUGUCUAUGGACCUUCAUACCCAGCUCCUGGGGCAGGGCCGCCAUAUCCCAGCCUCCCACAAUCAAACACAUACUAUUCUUCAGAGCACCCUCCUGCCACUUACUCCACAGAAUCUUCUAGCAUAUAUAGAACUCCAUCACCAGCAUCCAACUGGAAUUAUCCUCCUCCGGACUAUCCAACUGAAGGCUCCAUGGUGAGGAGGCAGGUAGUCGGAUACUCCCCUCCACAAGGCCCAGGCUUUCCGCUCCCACCCUAUCCGUACAGGGAUUGCAACCCUAGCAUUCCACAGCAGAGGCCGCCCCCUCCUCAACCAGGACUUCAAGAUGCAACUUGGCAACCCCCUGGUGUUUAUGGAAUACAGCCUCCCUAUGGUUGGCCCCCUCCCCCAGCAGGGCAAGGGAACCAGUAUGUUGCAGAAUCUUGGCCUAGCAGUGACGUGUCUGCUCUACAUCCCCCAAAUAACAACCCAAAGGAGUCUUUUAGCCAAAUGGAUCAAGGAAUUAACCAACAUGGUUAUCUUCCUGAAGCCAACAGUUUGCCUUCUGGGACCACGAAUGACUACAAUCCAGCACAAGUUGAUGUUAAGCCAUCUGCUUCUAACCCCAAAGUGCAGUAUAGUGCACAGCCCCAGCUGUAUGAUAAUGUACAUAGGAAACCCUCUGUAAUUAACAGUGGAUCGGCUUCUAAAAUAAACGUACAGCCUCCAACAAAUGUGCAGUCAGGAAUACAGAAGAUUGCACAAGUUAUGGAGGGAAUUGAACUGUUGGAAGAAGAAGUGGAUGAAUUUGUGGGUAAAAAGACAGACAAGGACUUCUGCUUACUGGAAGAAAUGCUGACCAAGAAGUUGUUGGAGCUGGACUCUGUAGAGACAGGUGGCCAGGACAAUGUGCGCCAAGCAAGGAAAGAGGCAGUUUACCGAAUCCAAGCUAUACUGGAAGAACUGGAAAGGAAGGGUCUUUAAUAUGAAUGACAGUCUUAAAAUCCAAUUCCUGAAAUUAUUACAGGUCUCUGGCUUUUCUCUUGACCUCCAAAGCAAUAAGUGGGGAUGUGCAUUUUGACUUUAGAAUAACAAGCAUGGCAAGCUUGAUCUUGAUUUAACAAAGGGGUUCAGAUCUAGAAUCUACUAUGCUGCUUCGCCCGUUCAGUGAAUAAGAAGGGAUGAAAUGCUGGCCCUUGUUACUUUAAGGGUUUUGUUGCAUAGUUUUUCCAGCUACAAGAAAGCAAUCAUUUGGCAAAAAAGAGGAAAAUCAGAAAAUCUUCUGGACCAUCAAGGAUUUCAAUGAGUUAUCUGUCGUAUUUGAAAGGUAGAAAAAAAAAAUAUCUUAAGUUGCAAUGCAGCACCAGUAAAGCCAUGAUUUAAGGCUCUUUAGCUACUCUUCCUGUGCAUUAUUUAUAGAUUCUUCCUACUUGUCAUAUAAAUUGUGUAAUAUCUUUUGGGAUAUAAUACGUUUUAAGUGCAACCGUGCUGAUAAGCCAUGCAUCACUAGGGCAACCAAAACCCAGGCAUUUUUCAUGUUAUUUCUCCUUUAUCCCUCAUUAUGCAAGUAUAAUUCACAUUUUUUUUUUUAAAAAAAAAAAGAUGGGAUAAGAAGAAGGAACCUAAAAGAUGCUUGAACGGCUGGCACUUUUAACUAAUAUGAUUAUAAGGAUUUGGGCCAGGAGAAUUUGGUGAUAAAUGCUUAGUUGUAAUGUAGACUUUAUAUGUUACAGUUGCUUAUAUUCUGGUUUAAUCUGUUGCAGCUGAUUUGGAAUAAUCAUCUCCCAUACCUGUGGAGGUCAAGUAAGGCUACUAUCAUGAAUUACCAGCUCUUCGCAGUGUGUCCCUGGUUCAAAAAAAACACCCCCAAAUGCAUCUUUUAGGGUUUUAAAAACAGGUAUUUAUUGCAAGACUUUUUAAAGAAGAGCACUGCAUAAAAUAGCUAAAAUAAUAAAAUAAAUAUUAGAAGUGUUUUAGUGACAACAUCAUACAAUAUAUAAAAGAUUUGUAAAACCAUUUUGGAAGUCUUUCUGGUUGAAAAGCAGGGCAUAGAUGCUUUAAAUAAAAAGACUACAUAAUGAUACAGAAAACAGU